UCUGACAGAAUGGAGCCAGGAUUCGAAGGCCGGGACUGAUCGGUGCCAUGAAGACCAAGAAGUCCCGAGGAGUGGCGCCGUCGUCGCCUUCCCGCCCGCGAAAGUCUCGCUUCACCCUACGGGGGCGGAGGAAGAAGGCCGGGGCGAUCCGGGGCAAGCUGCGGGUGCGCUCGCUGCCCGGGGCCUUCCUGGUGCUGGGGGCGGCGGUGGUGGUGGUGGGCACGGCGCUGGCGGUGGCGGGGUACUGGCCCUACCGGCUGUCCAGGGCGUCCGUGCUGAGGCCGGCGGAGGGGGAGGGGCUCUCCGAGGCCCGGGCUCCCGGGUGGAGCUUCGGGGCCAAGGGGCUGCUGUCCACCGCCGGCCUCGUGCACAGCGAGCGCAUGAAGCUGCUGGGGCCCGUCAUCAUGGGGGUGGGGCUCUUCAUCCUCAUCUGUGCCAACACGGUUCUGUACGAGAACCGGGACCGGGAGACCCAGAUGCUGCUGGCGCAGAUGCGCAGCGUGAUGUGCUCGGUGUCCGCCGCCGUGCCCUCGGCCGACCUCAAGGAGGCGGCGGUGGCCAACUCCAUGGCCAGGCACUACCAGUGGGUGAGCAGCCUGCCCGCCGCCCACCUCAACAUCCUGUGCGUCCAGCAGCUGGCCAGCUCCGAGCCGCUGCUGCGGACCGGGCCCCCCGCGGAGCCGGGGGACCGGGGGGCCACGCUCCAGACCGAAGCCCUGCACCACCCGGAGUCCCGGCGGCCCCCGUCACCGCGCUCCUCCCGCUCCGACUCCCGCAACUCCAGCCCGACGGGGGGCGGGGCCAGCCCUCCGGACGGCCCCCGCCUCCAGCUCAACGUCCGCCUGGUGUCCGCCAGCUCCAUGUCCACCCUGGGGCUGGACGAGGCCGACGCCCCCGCCCCCCAGCCCCGGCGCUGCCACAGCAUGAGCCACAGGACUAACCCCUACCGCGCCCCGGCGGCGGCGGCGGCGGCCGGCGGUGGCUCGCAGGUCUGCAUCAGCAUCCCGGGGCAGGUUCCGGAGCCGGCCGGGGAGCCCACGCGGCAGAGCUGGCCCCGGCUGGACCCGGCCGGGGGCCGGCGCUACCUGAAACUGGAGAACAAGGAGGACUCGGUGGACAGGCUGCUGGAGCAGCAGUGCUCUCACUGGGACCGCAGCUUCGGCUCCGGGCCCUUCCAGUGA